AUGAAUGACUUCGUUUUAAACGAUAGCGAAACAGACAUCGAUUCCGAUGAAGAGUUACAAGAAGCUUUUGCCAAAGGUAUUCUUAAGCCGGGCCUAAACGAGGAAAUAGAGAAAGCUAUAAAAAAAUAUGUUAAUAAUGUUGCGGAUUUAAAGGCAAAACUAAAAGAAAUUGAACUUAAACUGCCAUGGAUAGAAAAAUUAGAUUUGGUUACAACAGUAGCCCCAAUGGCCCCUGAUGUUGCUCUGCAAAUGGAAGAGACAGCUCAGAGAAGAAAAAAUAUAAAAGAAAACACAAAAGGUAAUCAGUUGUACGAUCCUACUCAAGAUCCAGUUCUAAAUGAGUUCAAACGAGAAAAUCUAAUUCAUCGGCAGGCACAGGCUGCAGUAAUUGAUGGUAUUAAAAGACUGAAGGAGCUUAAAGUGCCGACUAAGAGGCCUGAUGAUUUCUUUGCUGAAAUGGCAAAAUCCGAUGAACAUAUGCAGAAAGUCCGUAAGAACUUGAUGGCCAAGCAGGCGGCACAGGCGCGUACCGAGAAAGUGCGACAACUCAGAGAACAAAAGAAAAUCGCCAAACGCGUGCAGAUUGAUACAAAACUAAAACAAGCUGCUGAGAAGAAACACAUGCUAGAGCAGUUAAAACGGGUGAGGAAAGGCAAAUCAACAGAUUUAGACUUCCUAGAAGAUAACAAGGGUAAAAAUAGCAAAGGAAAUAACAGUAAGGAUCCCAAAAAUAAAAUCUCCAGAAAACGGGCAAAUAAAGACAAAAAGUUUGGUUUUGGUGGCAAAAAGAAAGGCUCCAAACUGAACACACGAGAGUCAACAAAUCAAUUGGAAGGUUUCAAUAGUUCAGCUAAAAAGAAACCAUUCAACUUUAAAAGCAAAUCAUUUAAGCCUAAUAGUAAGAAGAAGAACCAGAGACCAGGAAAGUCGAAGAGGAAGAAUUCAAAAAGAUAA